UUGUGAAACUCCGUCGUUUUAAAAAUUAAUAAAAUGCAGUGAAUAGUUGUUAAGAAUUUAGAAAACAAAACGCAAUAUGGCUACACAAAAGCCUGGAGAAUGGGCGACUGGUCUGUUGGCCAGAUUCGAAGAUCAGCUGCCAAACAAGAUUGGAGCUUAUGGAACACAGGCGCGCAUGAGCCAGGACCAAUUGGUGGCCUGCCUCAUACACAUCUCACGCUACCGUUUCUCCCUGGUCAUCUCCGGCUUGACCAAGAUGCUUCAACGCGUCAACGAGGCUGCGCUACAAAAUCGAUAUGAGCCGGAUCGCUGCUACUUCGAAUCUCUGGUCAUCAUAUUGACCACGCUCGAACGUUGCCUAACCAAUCAGACCAAGGAUACGGCACGCUUUAAUGAGGCGAUGAACGUGAAACUGUUGCUCCGCGAAAUUUCCCAGUUUGUCGAUGUGCAAAGCGACAACAAUCCAAAUGCAGCUCAACUGAAGGCGCUGGCCUCCAAAGUUCUCUUUGCAUUAUCCCAAAAUCAUUUUUCAGCUGUCUUCAAUCGCAUCUCGGCGCGUAUACAGGAGUUGACUUCGUGCUCCGAGGAGAAUCCCGACUACAACGAUAUUGAGUUGAUACAGCACAUUGAUAUGGACAUGAUUAAGCUGACUAAGCUGUUGCAGGAAACAAUUACCAAAUUUCGAUCGAAGCGUGCGCCACCAUUAAUUUUGCUUUACUCGCUGGAGAAAGCGAUUUGGAACUGGAUUGAGUAUCAUCCACAAGAAUUUCAGGAUCUACAGCGUGGCACCAAUCGCGACAUAUCAACGUGCUGGGAGCCUCUCUUGGACUUUGUGGAGUAUUUUAAAACGGAGAACAAGAAAAGCAAAACUUUAGUUUGGCCUCUGCAAAUGCUGUUGCUCAUUUUGAAUCCCUCCAGCCUGGAGGCCACUGUCAACGAGCUGCAGCAAUCAGAGAAGGAGAAGGAAAAGGAAAAGGUGCCCUCAAAGUCUACACAAUCCACUUCGCGCGACAAAGAUUUCUCGGCAAGGCAGUUUAUUGAGAGCAUUAAACGUGGUUUGGGUCCACAUUCGCCAUCGAAACAGGUGACCGAAUCAUCGGCCAUAGCCUGCGUGAAACUCUGCAAAGCAUCCACAUAUAUCAACAACAAUGACUCUAACAAUGUGGUCUUCAAGCUGGUGCAGUACUUCAUCAACGAUCUCAAGGCACUGCUGUUCAAUCCGCUGAAGCCAUUCUCGCGUGGUCAAGGAUACAAUUAUGCCGACAUCGAACUAAUGAUUGACUGCUGGGUUUCUUGUUUCCGCAUCAGUCCUCACAACAUCGAGGCACUGAAGGUGUGUCUCAAUCUCUCCUCGCCGCAGGCCUAUCAUUUCGUGAUUGUCUGUUCCUUGCUGCGAUUGGCACAUAUUUACGUGGAUUUUCGGCUGCAGAACAAGAAUCCAUUUCGCAUUGUCAACCAGCCGCGAUUGCCCUGGUGGCCACAGACCGAUGUCGUCCAUUAUCGCUCCGCUGAGCUGCGCGCUCUCUUUACGGAUACGCUGAACAAGGCCACACAAGGAUAUAUAGCGCACACACCGCUGCGCUAUAUAACCUCUUUAACGCUUAAGUCAAAGGACACACAGAAGGGCCUGACGCGUGCCGAGGAGGGACCAGCCCACAAGAUGCUCUUGCUUUUGUUCGUGAGGCUCAUACAUGCUGAUCCCACACUGCUCUUAAACACGCAGGGCAAAGUGGCGCACGAGGUUCAAAGCUCAACGCUGGAGCUAAUUAAUGGUUUAGUUAGCCUGGUGCAUCAAACAACUCUGCCGGAUGUGGCACAAGAGGCUAUGGAAGCUCUGUUAGCGCUACAUGCACCUGAGAAAAUUGAAGUUUGGAAUCCCGAGGCACCCAUUAAUACAUUCUGGGAUGUAAGUUCUCAGGUGCUGUUCUCCAUCUCGCAGAAACUCAUCCAGCAUCAGAUAGCCAACUAUACGGAUGUGCUAAAGUGGUUGCGUGAGAUACUUAUCUGCCGCAACACGUUUCUGCAGCGGCACAAGGAUUAUGCGCACGUUGGCAGUCAGAUAGCCAUAUGCAAGCAGGCGCACAUCAAAAUGGAGGUGGUUUUCUUUAUGUACCUGUGGAGUGUGGACUUGGAUGCGGUCCUGACAUCGCUCUCCUGUUUUGGUCUCCUCUGCGAGGAGGCGGAGAUCUGCUGUAGCUCCGAUGAGCUAACCGUGGGCUUCAUCAUGCCCAACUAUCACAUCUACCAGGAGCUCGCACAGCUCUCGUCAUCCUCCACGGACACACGUAUUUGCUAUUUUGAGAACAACCAUGGCAGUGUGCUAAGCCGCUUGACGUUGCAGAAGCGCAUCAUGACAUUGCUGCGCAAGAUUGAGCAUUGCGUGCACGGUGUCCAGCCAGCCUGGGAGGAAACGUUUCGCAACUGGGAGGUGCUUAGCAAGGUGCUGCAGACCUUUCCCAAAUUAAAGACCGAGGAUGCCCAAGCGGAAAUGUUUCAUCGCGGCAUGGGAAAACGUCGGGCUAGCCACCAAAGCUCCGAGCACGAUCUGGAGGAGCAAAUCAACGAGUGGGCCAACAUGACUUGGUUCUUGUUGGCCUUGGGCGGUGUUUGCCUGCAGAAACGAAACAGUAGUCGCCAGCUUUUGCUGCAGCAAUCGCAGAACAAUGCAUCGGUGGCGUCCCUGGCUCAGGCCUCACUCUAUUCCAGCUCGACCAGCUCUGGUCAUGGCUCGCUUCAUCCCAGCACAGUCUCUUUGUCCGCCAUUCCGCCAGCGCCGCCACAGGAUGUCAGCUAUUGUGCAGUUACGCAAUUCAUUGGACAGCUACUGCGUCUGCUGGUGUGCAACAAUGAGAAGAUCGGUUUGAAUAUACAGAAGAAUGUUAAGGAGUUGGUUGGCGAGGAAAUGUCCACACAGCUAUAUCCAAUACUCUUUGAUCAGAUACGAGCCAUAGUCGAAAAGUUUUUCGACCAACAGGGCCAGGUCAAUGUGAAUGUUACAGAUAUUAACACACAGUUCAUCGAGCACACGAUUUACAUAAUGAAAUCCAUACUGGAUCCCAAGGCGAGUAGGGAUCCCAACAGCGAGCAGCCGUCGCCAUCGGAACAUUUGGGUGUGACCAGCAUUGAGGGCAUGAUGUUGGGCAUUGUGCGCUAUGUGCGUCACCUGGACAUGAAUGUCUAUGCCAUUCGAAUUAAAACUAAGCUUUGCCAACUUGUGGAGGUCAUGAUGAAGCGACGCGAUGAUUUGGCCUUUCGACAGGAGAUGAAGUUCCGCAAUAAGCUUGUCGAAUAUCUAACGGAUUGGGUGAUGGGCACCUCGCAUCAGAUAGCUCCGCCCAGCUCCGCGGAUGCCUCUCUACUGACGAACACCUCGAUGAUCUUUCGUGAUCUCGAUCAGGCCUGCAUGGAAGCAGUCGCCGCGCUGCUGCGUGGACUGCCGCUGCAGCCUGAGGAAUCGGAUCGUGGCGAUCUCAUGGAUGCAAAGAGCGCACUGUUUUUGAAGUAUUUCACAUUGUUUAUGAAUCUACUAAACGACUGCAUCGACAGUUCGGAGGCGGAAAAGGACAUCAACAGUACUCCUCUCUUGCCGCCACGUCCACGUAUGGCUGCCGGAAAGCUGACCGCACUUAGGCAUUCCACCAUACAAGCCAUGUCAAAUUUGCUUGGCGCCAACAUUGACUCCGGCUUGAUGCACUCCAUCGACUUGGGCUAUAAUCCGGAUUUGCAAACACGUGCCGCUUUCAUGGAGGUACUCACCCAGAUUCUACAGCAGGGCACAGAGUUUGACACGCUGGCCGAGACGGUCUUGGCCGAUCGCUUCGAGCAGCUUGUUCAGCUGGUGACCAUGAUCAGCGACAAGGGCGAACUGCCCAUUGCCAUGGCACUGGCCAAUGUGGUGACCACCGCUCAAAUGGAUGAACUAGCUCGUGUUCUAGUCACGCUCUUCGAUGCCAAGCACUUGCUCUCCCCCCUGCUAUGGAACAUGUUCUAUCGCGAGGUCGAAGUCUCCGACUGCAUGCAGACGCUCUUCCGCGGCAACUCGCUGGGCAGCAAGAUAAUGGCCUUCUGCUUUAAGAUCUAUGGCGCCAGCUAUUUGCAAAUGCUACUAGAGCCGCUCAUUCGUCCUUUGUUAGAUGCACAGGAGGAGACUUGUUUCGAGGUGGAUCCUGCACGACUGGAGCCCACCGAGGACAUCGAAGAACAUCGCAAUAAUUUGAUUGCACUCACCCAGAAAGUAUUCGAUGCUAUUAUCAAUUCGUCCGAUCGCUUUCCGCCACAGCUACGCUCCAUGUGCCAUUGCCUGUACCAGGUGCUGAGUAAACGUUUUCCAAAUCUGCUGCAGAACAACAUUGGUGCCGUGGGCACAGUCAUAUUUCUGCGCUUCAUUAAUCCAGCUAUAGUCUCCCCACAGGAGCUCGGUAUCGUGGGCAAACAGGUGCCCAGCUCGGCGAAGCGUGGUCUGAUGCUCAUGUCCAAAAUAUUGCAAAACAUUGCGAACCAUGUUGAAUUCUCCAAGGAACAACACAUGCUCUGCUUCAAUGACUUUCUGAGGGAUCAUUUUGAGGCCGGACGUCGGUUCUUCAUACAGAUUGCCUCCGAUUGCGAGACCGUUGAUCAAACGUCGCACAGCAUGAGUUUUAUUUCGGAUGCAAAUGUGCUGGCGCUGCAUCGUUUACUGUGGACCCACCAGGAGAAGAUUGGCGACUAUUUGUCCAGCAGUCGCGAUCACAAGGCCGUUGGUCGACGACCCUUUGACAAAAUGGCCACAUUGUUGGCCUAUUUGGGUCCGCCGGAACACAAACCAGUGGAUUCGCAUAUGAUGUUCAGUUCGUAUGCACGCUGGAGCUCCAUCGAUAUGUCCUCAACGAAUUUCGAAGAGAUUAUGGUUAAACAUCAAAUGCACGAAAAGGAGGAGUUCAAGACGCUCAAAUCCAUGAACAUCUUUUAUCAAGCGGGUACCAGCAAGUCAGGCUAUCCGGUCUUUUACUACAUAGCCAGGCGUUACAAGAUUGGUGAAACGAAUGGGGAUCUGUUGAUUUACCAUGUCAUACUCACGCUGAAGCCCUUCUGUCACUCACCCUUCGAAGUGGUCAUUGACUUUACGCACACCUGCUCUGAUAAUCGCUUUCGCACCGAGUUUCUGCAGAAGUGGUUCUAUGUGCUGCCCGCUGUGGCCUAUGAUAAUGUGCAUGCGGUUUACAUUUACAACUGCAAUUCGUGGGUGCGAGAGUACACAAAGUUCCAUGAUCGCAUUCUGGCACCGCUCAAGGGCUAUCGCAAGCUGAUGUUUCUCGAAUCACCCAACAAGCUGAGUGAUUACAUUGAUGCCGAGCAGCAGAAGCUGCCGGGCGCCACGCUGUCCCUGGAUGAGGAUCUGAAGGUGUUUAGCAAUGCGCUCAAGCUCAGUCACAAGGACACGAAAGUGGCAAUCAAAGUGGGUCCCACAGCGCUGCAGAUUACGUCCGCGGAGAAGACUAAAGUCUUGGCACAUUCCGUGCUCCUAAACGAUGUUUAUUAUGCGUCGGAAAUUGAGGAAGUUUGCCUGGUGGAUGACAACCAAUUCACACUGUCCAUAACCAAUGAAAGCGGUCAGCUGAGCUUCAUUCACAAUGACUGCGAUAACAUUGUGCAGGCGAUUAUACACAUACGCAACCGCUGGGAGCUGAGUCAGCCGGAUUCGGUGACGGUGCAUCAGAAGAUACGGCCCAAGGAUGUACCCGGUACGCUACUCAACAUGGCACUGCUCAACCUGGGCUCAUGUGAUCCCAAUCUGCGCACAGCUGCCUACAAUCAGCUCUGCGCUCUGACCGCCACAUUCGAUCUGAAGAUUGAGGGCCAGCUGCUGGAGACUCAGGGUCUGUGCAUACCCUCGAAUAAUACCAUUUUUAUCAAGUCUGUCAGCGAGAAGUUAGCCACCAAUGAGCCGCAUCUGACACUAGAGUUUCUUGAGGAGUCCAUUCAGGGCUUUCAGCGCAGCACCAUUGAGCUGAAGCAUUUGUGCCUGGAGUACAUGACGCCCUGGCUAAAGAACCUAACCAAAUUCUGCAAGUCCAAUGACGAUGCCAAGAAGCUAAAGGUGUCACAGAUUCUAGACAAGCUCAUUUGCCUGACCAUUGAUCAAAAGGAAAUGUAUCCCUCUGUGCAGGCUAAAAUCUGGGGCUCCAUUGGACAAAUACCGGAGCUGAUUGAUAUGGUGCUUGAUAACUUUCUGCACAAAUCAAUUAGCUAUGGAUUGGGCUCACCCCAGGUGGAGAUCAUGGCCGAUACGGCUGUGGCAUUGGCCUCCGCCAAUGUUCAGCUGGUGUCAAAGAAGGUCAUAACGCGUAUGUGUCGCGUCAUGGACAAGUCUUGCACGAAUCCCACACAAUAUCUGGAGCAGCACAUGAUGUGGGACGACAUAGCCAUUUUGGGACGCUAUCUACUCAUGUUGUCCUUCAAUAAUUGUCUAGAUGUUGCGACAUCGGUGCCGUAUCUGUUUCACACCAUCACAUUUUUGGUCUGCUCCGGCUCACUCUCGAUGCGCGCCUCCACCCAUGGCCUGGUUAUCAAUAUAAUACACUCGUUGUGCACCUGCACAAAUCCGUCGUUUGGUGAGGAGGCACAGCGUGUCCUGCGGCUCUCACUUGAUGAAUUCUCGCUGCCCAAAUUUUAUCUACUAUUCGGCAUCAGCAAGGUCAAGUCGGCCGCUGUCACCGCCUUCCGCUCCAGCUGUCGCCAUCCAACCGAAAAAUGGCUAGGAAAUGAGCGUGUCACACAGCCGUUGCCGGCGGAUCGGGAACGCCUCUCGCUGCCCUCGCUGGAGGUGAUCACUGAUGCCCUGCUUGAAAUCAUGGAGGCUUGCAUGCGCGACAUGCCCGACUGCGAUUGGCUGCAUACUUGGACUUCGCUGGCGCGCAGCUUCGCCUUUUGCUACAAUCCGGCGCUGCAGCCACGCGCUCUCAUCGUCUACGGCUGCAUCAGCAAGAGCGUUACGGAUCACGAGGUGAAGCAACUGCUGCGGAUCUUAGUCAAGGCGCUGGAGGCUUUCAAUGAUCUGAUAUUGAUUGAAGCGCUCGUUAUGUGCCUCACACGCAUUCAGCCGCUGCUGCGCCCGGAGUCGCCAAUUCAUCGUGCACUCUUCUGGGUGGCCAUCUCUGUGUUGCAGCUGGACGAGAUUACGCUGUAUGGUGCUGGCCUGGCGCUGCUCGAACAGAAUCUACAUACGCUCAAGUCGCAGGGCUGCUUUGACAAGAAGGAAACCAUUGCCGAGGUCAUGAUGAAAACCCGCGAAAAGCUCGAAUGGCAUUUCAAGCAACUGGACCAUGCUGUCGGUCUAUCUUUUCGCAGCAAUUUUCAUUUUGCCCUCGUCGGACAUCUCAUUAAAGGCUUUCGUCAUCCGACACCCACUACAGUGUCACGAACGUCGCGUGUGCUGACCAUGCUGCUAGGCAUUAUAGCCAAGCCACUGCAUCGUGACAAGUUCGAGGUGACGCCGGACAGUGUGGCCUAUUUAACGGCUCUGGUAGCCGUCUCCGAGGAGGUGCGCUCCCGCUGCCAUGUGAAGCAUGCUCUGCCACGCUGGCCCGCGGAUUUGAGCGGCAGCAGCAUGGAUAAUGGCGAAAUAGCCAAUGGUGUGCAAUCUAUUGGACAACCAUUGUCGCGACGUCAGAAGAGCUGGGACAUUCUAGAUCAGUCAGCCUUGCAGUUUGCGCGACAACAUAAAGUGCCGACGUUGCAGAAUGCGAGAGUUUUAUUCAAAACUCAACGCUCAUUUUCGGUACCAACCACCAAGGAUCCGAAUAAUGCUAGCGGCAUCGAAGAACGUCAGGAACGCGGCUCACGUUCAUCUGUCUCAAAUGAGUCGAAUGUUUUACUUGAUCCGGAGGUGCUGCCUGAUCUAUCCCUACAAGCCCUGGUUCUGACUGUUUUAGCUACUCUCGUCAAAUACUCUUCGGAUGAGAACGAAACACGCGUUUUGUAUCAGUAUUUGGCCGAGGGUUCAGUCGUGUUUCCCAAAGUAUUUCCAGUCAUACACUCUCUGCUGGAUCAGAAGAUUAAUAAUAUAUUAUCCGUAUCACACGAUCAAGUUGUUUUGAACUCAGUGCAGAGCAUCAUUCAGAACAUGCUGGCCAGCGAGGAUCCCUCCCAGCAGCAGCUACACUUUCUGCAAAGCUGCGGUUUUGGUGGACUCUGGCGAUUCGCUGGGCCCUUCACAAAGUACAACAUGAUGGGUGAAUCGUCCGAGUUGUUUGUCAACUGCUUGGAGGCCAUGGUGGAAACUUGUUUGCCUGGUGAUGAAUCCGUACCAGUGCCACCCUCGCCGCGUCCUUAUAAUCUAAGUUCCAGCUUAAGCAGCCUUACGCUUGGCUCACCCACAGACAAAGCUGCAUGAAUAACAACAACAACCCCACGCACUAGACGUACCACACUAAUCGCAAAAGUAAUGCGUUUUUUGAAUCUGUUCAAAAAAUGUUUCUGAACCAAACAAUGAAACCAUUAAAUGUACAAACGCGUUUCAAACGAAUAUAGUAUUUAUUGAUGUCGGUCAUGCGUGAAACCAAAUAACAAAAUGUUAAAUAUAAGAAAUAUUGUAUAUGUAUGUGUAAGCAAGGCAAAAUGCAAGGAACCCCCCGAAUACCAUUAGAACAAAUAGCAUAUGCAUAUAUACGAGUAUCUAUUUUGACAGUGUAUUAUGAAAGCUCACAAUUUUUAACGAUUAUCUACCAUAUGAAGUUUUUAAAAUAUAUAUGUACGCGUAGUUUAACAAUAAGCACGUAAACCUACUCACUCUAGUUCCUGACAAGAUCGUGUCCAAGGCUCAAAGGCACCAUUUGUAUCAGAAUUCAAUAUACAAAACAAAAAACUACCACAACAAGCUUUAAGAAACUGGCAUGCGAUUUAGCUGCCUUCGAAUUAUUUUGUAUUAUAUGCGAAUAUCCCGCUGCAAACUAACAAAUUUGUAAAUGAAUGGCAUUUAUCUUAUGUUUGGUUUAUAAUUUACUUAAGCUCAUCACCCAUUAAACAAUUUUUCCUAAUUUAUUGCAUAAACAUACGUAUUUGUUUCUUUUAAUUUUAUAAAAGUUGUAAAACACCAAAAAACGAAUCCCCCUACAAUUAAGCAAGACCCAGUCCGCUUUUAAUGCAAAUUAGGCUUAGGAAUAAAGAACGUUUUAAAUUUCGUAAAUCGAAUUAGUUUUAAAGAGUCAAACAUUAUACAUUUGUACCUCUUUUUGAACAGUUUAGUAACAAAAAUAGGCGCAACACUUUAGUACGUUAUCUUCCCUUUCUUAUAAGCGAAACUAGCACAAGAAUUUUACUUACCUAUUAUCGAUUGCAACUGAAACAUGUUUAACCAAACGUUAUUAGAACGGGGACUUCUAUGUAUCACAAAUCCGAUAAAUCUUACUUCGCGUAUAAGUAUAAUAUAUUUGUCUGUGUUGCUAUAUGUGUAUGUAUUUGAGAUCGAAACUUAUGUAUUGUAUUUUACGACACGAUUACACAAAAACAUUUGGCGUAUCUAUGCGUCUAACUAAAGAUAUAUAUUCAAAUGUUCAUGUUUCAAAUUAUCAAUGUACAAGUAUGUCAAACAAGUUAAUUUACUCUCAAUAAAAUGUAAAAACUUAAAAAAAAUAAAAUAA